CGUCGUAGCCUGGCUUUCCCUUCCUUCAACUCCACUCAAGAGACCGUGCAUGCAUGCUCCUCCUCCGAUCGUCCUAGCUAGCUACUUAUUAAUCUUGACGCCAAGCAACAAGAUCGACCGACUCCCCCGCGCGGCCGGCCCAAACGUCGAUCACAGCUUCUUCUUUCUUUCUUUCUUUGCCAUCCUCUCUCACAAAUACACAUCAGGAGCUGCUGUUGAAGGAGUACUAUACUCAGGAGAGAGAGAGGGAGAGAGAGAGAUAUGCUGUGGCAGGGGCCGGGUUAGGUUUUGGAAGAACUUGUCAAAUCACAGCAUUUGAUGCUAGCAGAUCCGGGAGAGUUGGAAGCAAGGGAUGCAGCAUGAUAUAUACCUGCUGCUGCUUGACACAGAGGCACAUGCAUGUCCCUUUUAGUGGGCAAUGAUGGUGUGCAGGUGGAGGUGAUGAUAGUUUGCCUCAUCUGGGCGGCCGGGGGAGGGACUGAGACAUUCCAUCCGAGGCCAUGCCGCCUCACAUUCACAGCUACGCACCCCCUGCCCUGCAAUAUUCCGUUUGUUUGCUAAUGUGUUGUAUCGAGAUGCUUUCGAUAUGAGGAUGUCCUGUCACGGAAGCUGCAGCUGCGAGGCCAGUCGUCCCAACCCCAGCCCCAGAUGCUGCUGCCGGACGUCGUGCGCCCCUAUUAAACCCGCCAGGAGAUGAGAUGCACGUCCUUCCACUCGCGCUCCACCCCCUCAUGCUCCUCGCCUGCCAUCACCGCCGACUCCGGCCGCCGCCGCCGCUGAAGAAGAAGAAGCUCGGCCUGCGCCGUCCAACGACCGACGAAGCUAUGCUCAGCUCACUCCACCACCACUCCUCGUCCUCCUCCGACACCGACAACAACAAUGGCAACAACAAGAACGGCAGCAGCAACAACAGCGACGUCCUCGCGGCGGCGGCGGUGCCGUCCGCGCGGGACCUCGUGCUCGCGUGCGCCGACCUGCUGCAGCGCGGGGACCUCCAGGCCGCGCGCCGCGCCGUGGGGGUCCUCCUGUCCGCGGCGUCCCCGCGCGCGGACGCCGCCGAUCGGCUCGCCUACCACUUCGCGCGCGCGCUCGCUCUCCGGGCGGACGCCAGGGCCGCCGCCACGGGCUUGGUGGCCGCCGCCGCCGCGCGGCCGGCGUCGUCCGCCGCCUACCUCGCGUUCAACCAGAUCGCGCCCUUCCUGCGCUUCGCGCACCUGACGGCGAACCAGGCCAUCCUCGACGCCGUCGAGGGCGCGCGCCGGAUCCACAUCCUCGACCUGGACGCCGCGCACGGGGUGCAGUGGCCGCCACUGCUGCAGGCGAUCGCCGAGCGCGCCGACCCGGCCGCGGGACCGCCGGAGGUGCGCAUCACCGGCGCCGGCGCCGACCGCGACACCCUCCUCCGCACCGGCAGCCGCCUCCGCGCCUUCGCCCGCUCCAUCCAGCUCCCCUUCCACUUCACGCCGCUCCUGCUCUCCUGCGCCGCUACCCAUCAGCAGCAGGUCGUCACCAGCGCGAGCACCACGACCAACACCACCACUUCGAGCGCGGCCACGACGAGCCAGCUGGAGCUGCACCCGGACGAGACGCUAGCCGUCAACUGCGUCAUGUUUUUGCACAAGCUAGGCGGGCACGACGAGCUUGCCGCCUUCUUGAAGUGGGUCAAGGCCAUGGCCCCCGCCGUGGUGACCAUCGCGGAGAGGGAGACAAUCGGCGGGGGUUUCGACCGCAUCGACGACCUGCCCCAGCGGUCCGCGGUAGCCAUGGAUCACUACUCGGCCGUGUUCGAGGCGCUCGAGGCGACUGUGCCGCCGGGGAGCCGGGAGCGGCUGGCGGUGGAGCACGAGGUGCUCGGCAGGGAGAUCGACGCCGCGCUGGGUCCCUCCGGUGGGAGGUGGUGGCGCGGACUCGAGCGGUGGGGAGCCGCGGCGCGCGGCGCCGGAUUUGCGGCGCGGCCUCUCAGCGCUUUCGCCGUGUCGCAGGCGCGGCUGCUGCUGCGGCUGCACUACCCGUCGGAGGGCUACCUCGUGCAGGAGGCGCGCGGCGCGUGCUUUCUCGGGUGGCAGACGCGGCCGCUGCUGUCCGUGUCGUCGUGGCAGUAGCCCGCCGCCGCCGCCACUGAGGACGAGCCUUCUCUACCUGCUGCGUGCAUGCAUUCAUGCCGGCGGCGCCGACGGACGGACUAGGGUUUGCCUCGCUCAUCACUAGUCAUCAGUACCGCAUAUAUAGAGCUAGCGUAUAUAUGAGCAUUGCAUUUUGUAGCAAUAAUAUUGGUUGUUACUUGCGCUACGUACGUACUUAGCAAGAUCUCAUUGUGAUUUUGGAGGAUGGGUUUGUUGGGUCAAUUGGAAGGAGGAAACCCUAACCCUAGCUUGCUGUGGUUUAAUUGCUGUUGAUCUUGGCAGCUUGGAUGGAUGGAUGGUUAGUUGGUUGGUUGAUUAGCACUCUUGUUAAUUUGAGGAGUUUAAGUCCAUAUGUAGCCUUGCAUGCAUGGAAUGGCGGCAUUGGAACAAGUGAAGAGGUCGGCCUUCAGGCUUUGUUCGGCUAGCAAUUUCUUCAACGUACUAAAAUCGGCUUUGCUAUUAUAUUUUCAUACUUGUAUCUAUCUAUCUAUCUUUUAUUUAUAUAUUUGUUCUUUCAUC